CGCCACGGUGAGGGAAGCGCGCGGCUCCGCGCUUCCUGGGAAGCCAUGGGGAGAUGCACCGGGAGAUGCACGCUGGUGGGAUUCUGCUGCCUGCAGCUGGUCGCGGCGCUGCAGCGGCAGGUCUUCGACUUCCUGGGCUACCAGUGGGCGCCCAUCCUGGCCAACUUCGUGCACAUCAUGGCCGUCAUCCUGGGCAUCUUCGGCACCGUCCAGUACAGGUCCAGAUACCUCAUCGUGUACGCGGGCUGGCUCGUGCUGUGGGUCGGCUGGAACGCCUUCAUCAUCUGCUUCUACCUGGAGGUGGGGCGCUUGUCCCAGGACCGCGACUUCGUCAUGACCUUCAACACGUCCCUGCACCGCUCGUGGUGGAUGGAGAACGGCCCCGGCUGCCUGGUGACGCCGGUGCUGGGCCCGCGGGCGGCCCCGCAGGGUCACCACGUCAUCGCCGUCACCGGCUGCCUCCUCGACUACCAGUACAUCGAGGUGGUGAGCAGCGCCGCGCAGAUCUUCCUGGCGCUCUUCGGCUUCGUCUACGCCUGCUACGUCAGCAAGGUGUUCCUGGAGGAGGAAGACAGCUUCGACUUCAUCGGCGGCUUUGACUCCUACGGCUACCAGGCGCCGCAGAAGACAUCGCACUUGCAGCUCCAGCCCUUGUACACGUGA